AUGGAUGAGAAGCAGGGAUCAACUUCUGAUGAUGUCCCAACUGGGGAGGUAGCGUCAACCACAGUUACAGAGGGUGAUGUUGUCAAGAUGCCAACAGAUGUGGCCAUCACUAUGGAUGCUAUUCCCAAUGAAGAUGAGGACAAAUCCAAAGGUGACUUGUUAUUCUUUUACUUGGUGAAGACGUUUGCUCCUUUGCCAGGUCAGCUAAGUCUCAAUGAAUACAAAGCUGUCAUCACGGCUACCAAGGGAUUUGAAGCUUCUCUACGGAAAACAGGGUUUAUUGCAGAAACUGCUUCUCCACUGCUGACCUACGCCAGAGAUGUCGAUGUCCACUUUGCUAACAAAAAGUGUCAAGAGCUGAUAGUUGAAGCCCGCAAGCUGAUGAAGAGAGAGCUGCACAAUACAAAGAGAGUCGGUACAAUGAAGGUUGACAACAAGAACGUCAAAGAUCAAAAACAAGAUGCCAAGGACAAGUGCCACGUCAGCGAGGGUAUCUUUGCACUACCUGAGUGUGCAGUCAGUGAAAGCAUAGAGUGUCUUGUUAAUCUAGCCUACCAGACAUUACAAGAAGCUGCUAGUAAUACACCACAAUGCGCCUCAAGCAGCCGUCGUAUGACCCUCGUGGCACAGGAGAGAAUUAAUGAGCAACUCUACUCACAUAUUACCCGAUCCGGGAAUCGAAACCAGGCCACAGCGCAAAAGCUACCCCAGGUGUGCGCUCUCCACCACAACAACUGCAUGUACAUCGCCCAUCACCUGCUGACGCUGGGCCAUCAGUAUCGUCAAUCUUUACCCCCGCCCCUCUGUGACGGCACGUCCACGUUUGUCGACCUAAUUUCUGUCUUCAGGAAGCUGGCAUCCGAAUGUUUCUUGGCUCAAAUGAGAAUUCAGCGAGAUCAAUUAGUGGAGAGUCUGUCUGGUGCUGAGGGCUUUGACCAAGUAGCGACUGACGACAACUUCUUGGCAUGUGAGAGGGCCAUUAAACAAGUUGUCCAUCAGUUGGGUCACCUCCAGCGAGUCUGGACCGACAUCCUCCCCAGUAACAUCUACACCAAGGCCAUGUCUACACUCAUCAACACGGUACUCAUGCACAUCGUGGAGAAAGUCUCGUCACUUGAGGACAUCUCAGCUGAUGAUGCGCAGCAGUUACAUUCGUUACUCUCGGGACUGCAAGACAGAAUUCCACACUUGAUCAAACCAGGAGAAGAUGAGGGACCACUCGCUAUGGUGUUCAGCGCCAGUGACGUGAAGAGCCUGAUACGGGCCAUCUUCCAGAACACCGACAGACGAGCCACAGCGCUCGCCAAAAUCAGAUAGGACCAGCCG